AUGUCGCUAGGUACGCAACCGACUUGUAGUUUGGCUAUUUUCUCUCCAUUCACCCGCAACCUUAAAAACACCACAAAAAAGGCAACAAACACCACCUCAUUUAUCAAUGGGGAACCCAAUAAAGAUAGUAUCUUACAACGUUAAUGGCCUAAGACAACGAGUCUCGCAAUUUGGGUCUCUCUCAAACCUCCUAAACACUUUCGAUGCAGACAUCAUUUGCUUUCAGGAAACAAAAUUAAGAAGACAAGAAUUAACAUCUGAUUUAGUAAUAGCUGAUGGGUAUGAAUCUUUUUUUUCUUGCACGCGAACUAAAGAUAAAGGCCGUACUGGGUACUCUGGGGUUGCAACAUUUUGUCGUGUAAAGUCUGCAUUUUCGAGUACUGAAGUGGCAUUGCCGGUUGCUGCAGAGGAGGGUUUUACUGGAUUCAUUGACCUCUGUAAAAGAAAAGAAGGGCUUGAGGAGUUUGAGAAAGAUGAGCUUGUUAAGAUUGAUAGUGAGGGACGGUGUGUCGUUACUGAUCAUAAUCAUUUUGUUCUUUUUAACUUAUAUGGGCCUAGAGCAGCCCAUGAUGAUACAGAGAGAAUUGAGUUUAAGAUGAAGUUUUUUAAGAUAUUACAGAAAAGAUGGGAGAAUCUUCUGCAUGAGGGAAGGAGGGUAUUUGUUGUUGGUGAUCUCAAUAUUGCACCUACUGCUAUGGAUAGGUGUGAUGCAGAUCCAGAUUUUGAGAAGAAUGAAUUCAGAAGAUGGUUCAGGUCCAUGCUAAUGAUGUCAGGUGGCCUCUUUGUUGAUGUUUUCCGAGCAAAACAUCCUGACAGAAGAGAAGCAUACACGUGCUGGUCAUCAAGUACAGGUGCUGAACAAUUUAAUUUUGGGAGUAGGAUUGACCAUAUUCUGUGUGCUGGACCAUGCUUGCAUCAAGAGCAUGACUUGCAAGGCUAUAACUUCUUUUCCUGCCAUGUCAAGGAAUGUGACAUAUUGACACAGUAUAAACGCUGGAAACCUGGAGACACAACUAGGUGGAAGGGAGGGCAGGGCAUCAAAUUGGAAGGUUCAGAUCACGCUCCUGUUUAUAUGAGUUUGGAAGAAAUCUGUGAUAUACCCAGACAUAGCACUCCACCUUUAUCUGCUAGAUAUCUGCCCAUGAUUCAUGGUGUCCAGCAAACUCUUGUGACUUUGUUGAUGAAAAGGCAGGCUGCUACACAAAUUCAAUCUUCCAGGAUAUCAAGUUCAUUUUCAGACGGAGAUGCUACCAUAAAGGCCUGCAGUGAAAGCAUGAAAAGAUCAUUUAAUGAAUGCAGUGUAUCUCGCCCAUCUACAAGUCCAUCAUGUUCUUUGACUGAAGAGUUUGAUAGUGCCAUUUCCAAAGGAGAUGAGAAUUCAAAGGAUUUGACUGAUGAGAAUCAGGGCCGUCCUGACACUACAAUGAUACUGCAAAGUCAGCAUACUAAGUUUGUGCCUGCUGAGGGAGCCAAGAAAAAACCAAGAAAAAGUCGGUGUUCCCAGCUCUCCCUCAGAUCUUUUUUCCAGAAAAGUCCAAACCUUAGCACUGGUGCUGAGAACUCUUCUACUAAUGCUUCACCUAGUCAGGCAGAACCAAACACUAGCAGUUACUUGAAUGGUUCUCAUGCACCGGGUGAUAAAAGCAGCAGUCCCAGGCAUUGCCAACUGAAUCCAAGUGCAGGAUCUCAGUAUCAAGAUAAGGGAAAUGAUGGCUCGCUUGAGAGAGAGAAAAAUAAUGUUGCCUUGUUAGAAUGGCAGAGGAUACAGCAGCUCAUGCGGAAUAGUAUUCCUGUUUGCAAGGGUCACAAGGAACCCUGUGUUGCUCGGAUAGUAAAGAAACCAGGUCGUACUUUUGGCCACAGAUUUUUUGUCUGCUCACGAGCUGAGGGACCUGUAUCCAAUCCUGAAGCAAAUUGUGGUUACUUCAAAUGGGCUUCUUCAAAAUCCCAGCGCAAAUGACCGCUUGUGGUUUAUAAUGUCAAUAACUUUUUUUUCCAUGUGAAAUCUCCGUUCCUGAUUCGUAUUUUUGUUGCGACCUUCAUUCAAUCAAAGCAGGUGCACUAGCGGAGGAUGUUCUGCAUGGGCUGGUUGCUUCAUGUGAAAUUGUUGCCCUUUUAUUCUGUUGGAUGCUAUCUGGCAGCUGCAUUAUAAUGAAUAGAUGAUAAAAAGAGCACGUUCUG